AGACGCAGUAAAUUAUAGCUACACGUUUUCUGGUCACGAUUGAAGCUUUGUUGUAGGCUAGUCCAAAACUGACGUGACAUCCCAUGUUGUGUGACCGUCUGAAUGGAUUUACCCCACCUGCAGCUUGAGGCUGGCUCUCCAGUGAUACUAGAGCAGCCGGACUACAAACAAUUACGAGAUGACCGCUUUGAGAGAAAUAGAAGUGCCAUGAAGGCUGUUGAUCCAGGUGUUCUGGCAGAAGUUCUUCCACAGGAAUCUCACGUGACUGAAGAAGAGGCGGCGGCACUGUGUAUACAGAGAAGUUACCGUGGUUACCGGGGUCGUCUGCAGUACCGAGACCUUCUCUUUGACAAGUUUGAAGAGGAUGAGAGGAUGAGAGCAGAGAAGAUGAUAGAACAAGUAGAAGAAGGCGAACUUCUCGUUGAAAACCACAAGCUUGAGGUGUUACUGGAUGACGAUGCCACGACUCGGAGAAAUCGUAACCGGAACUAUCUGAGUAAAGUCCUCACGAUUCAGCGUGGGUGGCGAGCGUACCUCAAGAGGAAGGCAGAGAAUCAAGGACAUCACUUUCCGGAGGAUGAAGACGUCUCCAAGUCUGACGGCGAUUCAGAAUACAGUGAGACAGAGAGUGCUCUAGGUGUGCAGGCUAUGACCGUGUUAACCCCUGAGGAGAAUCAGACACACAACGGGAGUGAGAGUGACGUCGGCAAAGCAUACAGCAGGUUCAUUCGGGAGAAGAAAUCGCCCAUCAAAUCGCUCAUCAAUUCGGAGUGCGAGUCUGUUCUCUCGGAUUAUUCAGAAAUCGCGGGACCACUGGAGGACAUUGAGAAUGAGCUGGAGGUCUACAUUGUCGACAGAGGCAAGUUGAAAACGGGCGACUUCGUUUUAAAUUCGGGAAACAAUUCUAAAGAAGUUCAACGGAUUUCCGGAGAAACCGAUUUGGAGUUUGCGAAGCGGGCGCGCAAGAUCAACAUUCUGAGUCUGGCCCAGGAAUUUGCCGAGCUGAAAAAGAUCGAUGCUCAUGCUUUGCCGUUCGACCUUCACAAAGGUCACAAGUCAUUGAAUGAAGUGAAUGCGGACAGUGAUGAAAGUUUGAGUUCCGAAUCGGAGGAAUAUUUGACGGAAUCGGCCAUGACGAGUCCCACAGAAGAAAUACAUGUUGUCCCGAACGGCGAGACGAAACUGAACCCCGGAAUGAAAAAGUCAAAAUCGGCUUCUUCGUCAAAACACAGAUCUAGAGACGGUAGCGGCCAUCGCAGUAAACAUGGUAAAGACAGGAAAGGAAACCUGGCUGAUGGUGAGGGGGACAGUGUUAUGUCAUCGUCGGGGGAUUUCGAUGUGUACAACAUAGAAUCAACUCUUCCGCAGAUGGACUGGGCCACGUUGGAGCAGCAGCUGCAGUUAGCUGCAGAAGAGGAAAAGAAAAGACUACUGGCGCACCACAAUGACCGCGAGGAGAUUCGCCGCAAACUGGCGAUGGGCACGGACGAGGAGGUGUGUGUGGGCGAGCGGGCCUUCAGGAAGCCCAGUCUACAGACUCGCAUGCAGGGCAGCAUGAACCUGCAGAUCUGCUUCAUGAACGACGGCAUCGACAAUGAUGCGCAAAAUGAUGUCCCCGCUGUAGAGUCCGCUCCUUCCAAUUUCACCCAACAGUCAAAGCCUGAUCCCACCACCGAUACAAAGUCGAGCUCAGAACCUGCCCACAGUAAGCCUGAAGAUGACGAAGAUUUCUUCAAGAAGCAGGCCAGACUACAAGAUGAGGCCAAAAUAGCUCUAGCUCAGGCUUGUACGAUGGCACAUAUGCAACUAGAAGUUGAAAAACAACUGAAAAAGAAGUCCCCUAUAGCUGACAUGGUUGGCAUUCCCAGUAAUGGAGAUGGAAGAUGGCGGAAGAUCAACCGUAAAGUAUUAGAUGACAUGAACCUAGCUCAGUUACAAGUAUUAGUGAACGAUCUUCACACACAGAUAGAGAGUCUGAAUGAGGAGUUGGUUCAGAUGCUCAUGGAGCGGGAUGACCUCCAUAUGGAGCAGGACUCCAUGCUGGUGGACAUCGAGGACCUCACCAGGUAGAGCCUGACAAAAACGAGCACAAGAUGUUGCCCAGAAGUUCAACAAUAACAACUGCUGUAGCAGCACCAGCAAGGAACACAAAACAAACAGAGAGACAAGGAAAUCGAAAAGAAAAUAGCAUAAUACAGAACACGCUGGUGUCAGUUUUACAAAGAAAUGAGUGUGUACUUGUUUUCAUCUUCAGCACUCAUGCAACUCUGUCGGGUUACAGCUUCUGUCACCAACUAAUCCAGUGUCUAGCCAUUUCAUGAAAUCCUUAGUCAUUGUUUAAGAUGUGGCCACAACAUGAUCAUGACUUGAAGUCUAGCUGCUUCGUGAUCAACAGACUGUAUAUCCAGCCACUUUAUGAUCAAAGACUUGGGAAUCUAAUACUUCUUAAUUACAAUAUUGCAUCAAGCCAUUUAAUGGUCAAAACUUGGGAGUCUAACUGCUUUAUGAUCACAAGACUGCAUCCAGCCACUUUAUAAGCAAAGACAUCCAGCCAAUUUAUGAUCAAAGACACCUAGCCAAUUUAUGAUCAAAGACAUCUAGCCAAUUUAUGAUCAAAGACAUCCAGCCAAUUUAUGAUCAAAGACAUCUAGCCACUUUAUGAUCUUCUUCUUCUUCUGCAUUCAAGCUAUAGUUGAUCAUGCUUUAGAUUUGGAUUCCGGUUGUGGUGAUAAAAAACGCUGUCUCUGUCAAGUCUUCUUUGGAACCGCAAAGCUUGACAGCCAGUGUUGCUCCGUUCGGCCAGUGCUUUAUCCACUUUAUGAUCAAGAUGUAGAGUUUAGCACUUUUUAAUCAUAAGUAUGGAUCCAGCCAAUUUAUGAAAAGUUAAUAAUCAAAAGACUGCAUCCAGCCAAAUUAUGAUCAAGUUUUGGAGUCAAGCACUUCAUGAUCAAAAGACUGCAUCCAGCCAAAUUAUGAUCAAGAUUUGAAGUGUACUUCGUGAUCAAAAGAAAACCAUCAAGUCUAGCUACUUCAUGAUCAAGAGAAAACCAUCAAGUCUAGCUACUUCAUGAUCAAGAUUUGAAGUGUACUUCGUGAUCAAGAGAAAACCAUCAAGUCUAGCUACUUCAUGAUCAAGAUUUGAAGUGUACUUCAUGAUCAAGAGAAAACCAUCAAGUCUAGCUACUUCAUGAUCAAGAUUUGAAGUGUACUUCGUGAUCAAGAUUUGAAGUGUACUUCGUGAUCAAGAUUUGAAGUGUACUUCAUGAUCAAGAGAAAACCAUCAAGUCUAGCUACUUCAUGAUCAAGAGAAAACCAUCAAGUCUAGCUACUUCAUGAUCAAGUCUUGCCAUUCAGCUAUUUCAUAAUCAUGACUUGCAGCUAACCUACUUUAUGAUUCAGACAAAGUCUUAACUGCUUGAUGAUGAAGACUUGCAGUAACUGUUGUGGUUAAAAUAUGCAGUCUACUUCCUGAUCAAGACUGGCAUGCCUCUACUUGGGAUCAAACCUUGAAGUCAUAACUACUUCAUGUUGAGACCUUGGUCGUGUAGCUGCUUUACAAUCAAGAUUCAACGUCUCACUAUUUCUUGAUUUUGGCCGGGAAACUUUGCACUUUGUGACAGUUGGAUUCCAGUCACUUCUGGAUAAAAAGUUAUGGUCUAUUUGCUUAGCAACUUCAUGAUUUAGAUUCAGAGGACUUCUAACCAUUAUCUGAGACAUGGAGUUGAGCCACAUGCUGAUCAACACAAUUUAGUCACUUCAGUGAUAGAAAUUGUUAGUCUAAGCAUCUUCAUGACUGAGACCGAGUCUAGAUACUUCACGAGUUCAACAGUCUGAAUCCUUCCAACAAAAGGAGACCUGUCCCCAUUUUGUAUUGAGCUCAGCUGUAUGGAAGUUAAAACAAAAUAUUGUUACGUUGGUACAUGGCCAGCAUAAUCAUGUUGAACUGUUAACAUUUGUGAUGCAUUUUGUUUUAACGUUUUAAUGUUUAUUUUAGUUGUAGUUUUAAUUGAGAAGUCUGUGAAGCAAACUGAUAUAAAUACUGGUACAUGUUGAUAAUUAUAAUAUUAUUUAACUUUUAUUGUAUUUAAUGGAGGAAUCUUGUCAAUCAAAAUGAUACGAUUACAUAAUGACAUGCCACACACAUUCAUGGUGUGAUCUGUUAUUCACAAACACUCCAAAUGUAGAUUGAAUGAUUAUACAUUUGUAAUGCAUACUAAAUUUUCAAAACAGCUUGUUAUAAAAUUAGGAUGUUUAGUUAGACUUUAUUUUUAUAGGUAUUUGUUUUGCAAAUACCAAAUAUAAUUAUUUAUUUAAAUUUUUUGGCUGUUUUUUUUUACUAUUUUAUUUUUUAUUUUUUGGGGGGUUGGGGGGUGGUGGUGGUGGGGUCAAAUUAAAUUGUAUGCUGAAAUAUACUGAGAGAAAGAAAUACGGGCACACUUGGUAUUGUAGACCAAAUUUCAGUACAAAUAUGUAAUAUGGGAAUUGAAAGUCAGUAAUGUUGGGAUUAAAUGUCAAUAAUGUGAGAUUGAAUGUCAGUAAUGUGAGAUUGAAUGUCAAUAAUGUGAGAUUGAAUGUCAGUAAUGUGAGAUUGAAUGUCAGUAAUUUGAGAUUGAAUGUCAGUAAUGUGAAAUUGAAUGUCAGUAAUGUGAGAUUGACUGUCAAUAAUGUGAGAUUGACUGCCAGUAAUGAGAGAUUGACUGCCAGUAAUGUGAGACUGAAUGUCAGUAAUGUGAGACUGAAUGUCAGUAAUGUGAGAUUGACUGCCAGUAACACAGUCAACUUCCUGACACUAUGGAUGAGGGCUUUCAUGUUGCAGUCACUCUUUCCUGUCAGUGUUAGUGUGAUCCCUUAUUUCUUUCCACGAGUCGUACAACACAUGUUCACACAUUCAGAUUCAUCUGUCUGGAUAUAUUGAUGUGAUAUACAUGUAGGUCAUAGCUUGACAAGAAUCUCCAUGACAUAGCAGGGUUCUUUUAAAAUAAUGGUGGCCAAAUUUACGAAGCUUGGUUUUUUUUAAACACAGGUGUUUAAGCAUAGUAAAUGUAUGUAGUUACACGUGUAUAAGUCUAAAAGAGGCUUUGUAAAUUCGGUCAACAAUGUUUAAUGACAUAUCAGUAUGCAAAACAAAUCCACACAUUGCCUAUUGGGGACAUGUCAAAGGUUAAUACAUGAUUGCAAAAAUGGAGGAACAACAGAUUUAACAGUUAAUCAAUGUUACAUAAAGGUUUUUGUUUUGAAUGCUCAAAUUUGGUAAUUAUGAAAGUACAAGUUAGAAAUAGACAUUACAAGUUUUAAAAAGACAGUGAGAGAAACCAAACAGACAAAACCUUGCCAUAAGCUGACCAUACAGGUCCUUGUCAAUAAACAGUUAAAACGAGCAACCUGCAUUAUAUAAAUUAUGGGGGUUUUUUAAAGCUGUUUUUGCCAAAGAAUUUUGACUUUUUAUUUUUAUUUCCCAAAACUUACUUCACUUAUCAGUAUUUUAAGAAUACUCAUUCUACAUGUAGCAGCUUUUGAAUUCAGGGUUGUUGUUUUUAAACUUGAGUUAUUUUUUAAACUUAAGUUGUUGCUUUUAAAUAGGAUUUAUUAUUUUUUAAAAUAAAAUAAACAAAAUAGUUUCAUUAGCAUUAAAAGCAGCCAACAAUGUGAAUUGUUGUUUUUAAUGAAAUGAACACACUCUGAAACUGAAUUUGUUUUUGUGAUAAUUAAUAGCCAACAUUUAUCUGCUUUUUUUACAAUUAUAAUGCAUGUAUAUAAUAAUUAAUAUAUGUCAUCAUCAACAAACUCGGAGCUAUUUGUCAGCCAGUCAAUAACAGGUGUGAAGGCAAUUUGUCUAGGGCGCAGAUUAAAAGGGGCUCAAUUUAACCAUCAAUAUUUUUGGCUUUUUGUAAAAUAAAAUGAAAAUAAUUUCAAAUUUGAUUUAAUUUUUUAUGUUUUCAUAUAUCAUUUGUUGGUGUUCUUUGUGAAGAA